AUGGCGGCGGGGGGCGGCGGGCAGGGCAGGCCCGGGGAGCAAUUAGAACUCAUCACACCCUUCCAGCUGUAUUUCAACCCUGAAUUAAUAUUUAAGCACUUUCAAGUCUGGCGGUUAAUCACAAACUACUUAUUCUUUGGACCAGUUGGCUUUAAUUUUUUAUUUAACAUGAUCUUUUUGUACCGGUACUGCCGGAUGCUCGAGGAGGGCUCCUUCCGAGGCAGGACAGCAGAUUUUGUCUUUAUGUUCCUUUUUGGAGGACUUCUCAUGACUCUCUUUGGCCUGUUUGUGAACCUGGUGUUCCUGGGCCAGGCCUUCACCAUCAUGCUGGUUUAUGUCUGGAGCCGCAGGAAUCCCUAUGUCAGGAUGAACUUCUUUGGGCUCCUCAUCUUCCAAGCCCCAUUCCUACCCUGGGUAUUGAUGGGCUUUUCACUGCUUUUGGGAAACUCCAUCAUCGUGGAUCUCCUGGGCAUUGCUGUUGGGCAUAUAUAUUUUUUCUUGGAGGAUGUCUUUCCCAACCAGCCUGGUGGUGGAAGGCUCCUGAGAACACCCUCUGUCCUGAAAGCAAUAUUUGACACACCAGAUGAGGAUCCAAAUUACAAUCCCUUGCCAGAAGAAAGACCAGGAGGGUUUGCCUGGGGAGAAGGUCAACGCCUUGGAGGCUAAUGAGUGUCUGUGCCUAAAUCCAGCAACCACUGGGAGAGACUGACCUGAAUAAAGUUCCACAACUGGGGACUCUCUCAUUCUCCAUGGCAGAAAAGGACACUUUUUAUUUUUUGGAUGGCUCUAUCAUUUUGAAUACA